AACGCGGGAAAUUCAGGUAUUGAGGAAGAGGACGGAGUACCUGCUGUCUCUAUGAGCUGGUUCCGGGGCAGAAUCCCCUGAUGGCCCCCAUUACAAUCAAGCACAUUGUGUCCUUCAGCUCACAGGAUCCCAAACACCCGGCGGAAAAUCUCCUGAGUGAGAGUUCGUUGCUGCCCUGGCUGAUCUCCUCCCGGGAGCGGAGUGGGUGCCUGAGGGUGGAGCUGCAGCUGGAGAAGGCGAGUCACAUCGCUUACAUUGAUAUCGGGAAUUGCGGUUCUGCCUUGGUGCAGAUUGAUGUGGGUCGCUCCAGUUGGCCUUUGGACAGACCCUACGUGACUCUGCUCCCCACCACCACCCUCAUGUCCCCCGCAGAUUCCAAGCAGAGCAGGAACCCCAAUGGGGUGCGGAUGUUCAAGAAAGGGGACUUUCUGGCCGACGUCAGGGCGGAGCUGUGGGACCGCGUGCGGAUAAGCGCCAGUCAGCCCUUCAAUAAGCGACAGUUAUUCGGCCUCUCCUUCAUUCGCUUCCGAUCUGCUCUGGAUGAGGAGCAACAGGACAACGAGGAGCAGCGGCAUAAGAGUGAGGAUCCCCCCAAGAACAAAACUCUCGGCUCACAGACCCCCCGACAUACAGAGAGCCCCCCAGAGGCAGAAGGGCAGAAGAGCAAAGACCAGUUGCCCCCCAGUAUCAUUUCUCCCCGUGUUGCCCCCCCAAACUCUCUGAGUCGCACGGCACGCAUGGUCCUGACUGCAGCCAAGUCUCGCAAGCGCCGAUUCCCAGACACAACCCCCCCAGUCCUGCCUUCACUCCACAUGCUGGGAGAAAAGAGCAGCGGCUUCAGCCCCCCUCCCACCCCCCCACAGGAGGAGCCCAGGAAGCCGCAUGGCAGGAGGAGACUGAGGAUGGAGCCCCCCCCGGGGAGGGCGCGAGGUCCAGUACUGGAGAGACAGGCAGCUGAGUUGGGGGGCAGUAACCCUGGGAUACAGAGAGCAGCUGAGAAACAACAUGACUGCAGCAACUGCCCCAUAUGUGGAGGAUACUUCCAGCUGCAUUACCUUCCCUUCCAUGCCGCCACGUGUGGGGAGGAGCCUCCUGCCAGAGUCAUUACUGUGUCUUCAUCAGACGAUUCUUCCGACGACGACGUCAACAAAAACUUUAUUGUUCCUGAGCAGCCGGACUCCCGGGUCUCCUGCCCCAUCUGUGGCUUUUACUUCCCCAGCUCCGAGAUACAGAUUCAUGCCAACACCUGCGGGGAAUAGUCACCGACAUGUACCACCGGAUCCUCCUGAGUGUGGCUCUGCCCCUGAUCCCGCCCACAGUGAAUGACUCCUCCUGAGUGUGGCUCUGCCCCUGAUCCCGCCCACAGUGAAUGACUCCUCCUGGGUGUGGCUCUGCCCCUGAUCCCGCACAAAGCACCUGGCUCCUCCUGGGUGUGGCUCUGCCCCUGAUCCAGCCCACAGCAUCUGACUCCUACUGGGUGUUGCUCUGACACUGAUCCCGCCUGCAGAACCUGACUCCUCCUGUCAGACCAAUCACAGAGGAAAAUAAUGAUCUCCCCAGACUAUAAUCUGAUCCAUAUUAUCAUGAGGCUGCUGGCUGGCCCCUCGGAACCCACUUUCUAAUUAGAGGAUCCGUAUUUAUGUUUAUAGGAUAAUGAGGGAAAUCACACACGGACAUCACUGGAUUAAAUUUAGGGUUUUAUUUAGGAUUUAUUCACUUUAUAGAACCCUUUUUUUUAUUGUUUCAGCUCUGAUCAUGGGAGGAGUCUCUGUAUUUGUUCCUAAUGGAUCCUGGGCCCUUUACAUUCAGGGGCCAAUUGUUUAUUUUAUUCCCUGUUAGCCUGAACUGUAGCUCCCAACAAUGAUCAUCAUAAACACUUUCUGACCUGCCAAAUAUAAAUAUACAUGUAUUAUUGUUACA